AUGAUGAGUUGUCAAAUUAAAGUAGGCAAAAUUCAGAAUAGUUUAAUUAAGUUCUAUAAAGCAAAGCUAGAACAGAGUAGAUUUAAUAGUUAGUCUAAGCUGACCAAGAUAUUAAAUCAAGCAUUCAAUAGUAGAAAUAAGCACAAUCCUCUAGCAUCAACCAAUAACCUAAAGAUUAGGAAAAGAAGACAUACUCAUGAGAGUAGAAAUCAUUACAGAAAAAGAUAGAUAAAAUAAAGUGGAAAAUAAAGAAUAAUACAAUUCAGAGUUAGAACUUCAAAAGAAUCAUGUGAAACUAAAAUAGAGGAGAAUAAUAUUAAUUAAUAGCUUGAGAAAAAUUAACCUAUAGAUAGGCCUGAAAAUUAAGAAUUUACAAAAACAAAUAAAGCAACUGAGUUUGAGUACUAAGAAUACAGUGGUUACAAGUAAUCUGAUAUACAAAAUGAAAAAUUAUAGUCAAAUGAAUAAUUCUCUUAAGAUACUUCUAUCUCCUUAUCCGACUUUUUUGAGGAUUCAGUUUAAAUUUGUAUUCCACCAUUUGAAAGCAUUUUGCAAAUAUAUUCACCCUAAGAACUUGAAACUGACUAAUAGUAAAUUUAAGAGUCAGUGAUAUCUUAAAUGAACUAAUAAUCUUAGGAAGAAUCAAUGCGACCUAAAUAAAUGCAGGUUCACAGAAAAGUGUUUUUCUCGUUCGUUGGAGACAAAAUUAAUGUCUUGAAAAUUAUAAAUUAAAAUCAAGCUCAGAUUUAAAGAAUAUAAAUGACUCCAAAGACUAAUCAUUAUGCAUCCAUGCAGAGAGUAAUCAAUGAGUAUAGGGUCUUUGAUUUUACAAUUAAAGAUAAUCUUAUUGAAUCAAUCAUUGAUUAUAUUUCAGGAUGUUCAAUUGAAUAGAGUGAAAAGCAAGUGUGGCUAUUACUUUAAUCGAUGAUCUCGCAUAUUUCAGUGAGUACUCAACUAAAAAUGCCGCAUAUUUUGUCUCUCAAAAAUGAAAAUUCUAAAUUACUAAGAGAACAAGUUAUUAGUUCACUAACUCAAUCAAAUUCUAUAAUAGAUAAAGUCAAAGAAAUGAAAAUUUUUUCUUCAAAGGAAUCAUAAGGAAAAAAUGUUAAAUCAGAAAUUAUGAGAGAUUUGACUCUGUCAAAUGCUUUUGAUUUUUAGAAUUCAAAGUUUAAUUUUGGAUAUGAUAGUUACUUAAUUAGAGAUCUUAUGAAUUAAUCAAGAUCAUCUGAUGCAUUGCUUUUGACUUUAAUAUUUGCCAAUGAGUAAUAGAAAAAUGAGAUUAUUCUUAAAAUGCUUGAAUAAUAAAUCAAUAAGAAAAGCCCUUUGUUUACAUUGACGCUGAUUAAUCUGGGCUAGAGUAUUAUAAAUAGCAAGCGGUUUCAAAUGCAUGAGUAGGCUCACGAUGAUAUUCAUUUUAUUAUUGAAAAUAGAGAGGUACUAGAUUCAUCCGUAACUAAAAGCCAAUACUUUCAGUUUAUGCUCAGAGAUAUGAAACAGACUGAAUAUGAUCUAAUGCGAAAGACUUAGUUGUAGCAAACAAAGUUAGAUAAAUAGCAGAAUAAAUUAAUUGAUUAAAAAUAAGCUGUUUAAUAAAAGCCACUUAUAAAAGAAAGCGCUAUUAAUAAAUCUGAUAACAGAAUUUAAGAAGAUUAAUUAGUAAGGUAGCAAGCUUAAUUAAAUGCAAAUAAUUAAGGGCUAUUUAUAGGAUUUAAAGGUCUCUUCUAAAGAGUGAUAAGCCAUGCUUCAUAAAAUAUCACAAAGAAUUUUACUGCUUAGAAUGACAGCUCAGAGGAUGAAAAUCAAGAUUAAAUUGAUUAAUUGAUUAAAAAUGGUGAAUCAAAGCUAGAUACACACCAGAUAAUUGAGAAUUCUUCAAAGAAAUAAAAUAAAAAUAAUCAUAAUCAAGAAUAAAUGACUUAAGUGUAAUAUGAGCAAGAAUCUAAAAAUGAAAAAUAGUCAAUACUUGAUUAAGAUAAUUAAGUUGAGCUUGCUAAGAAUACAAUCACAAAUGAGAAAUAAUAAGUAAAAUCUGAAUCAAGUGAUUACAUAUCUCAUUAGCAGAAUCCUGAUAAAAUUGAAAAUUAAAAUUCGAAUCAAAAUAUAUAAAAGAGCAAUCAGAUUUUAACAUCAACUGAAAAUCUUGAAGAUAAUUAAGAGAUGGUGAAAAAUAACUCUACUUGA